CAGUAAGGCAAAGCGACGGGCCAAAGCCACAAGCCUCAAAGAUCAGGGUACGCUCUAACGUACGCCGAGCGACCAGGAUAAGGCAAGCCCGCGCAAACGGCAAAUGCGUCACAAGCAACACGGGUUUCCCGUGAGAACCGUUGGCAGUCGACGCUCCUCCAUCGCGCGUAUCCAUGUUCAGGGAAAAGUAUCCCCGAGAAAUCUCCGUCUCGAAACGGACCCCACCACAAUCAACAACCCCCUUAUUUCGAUCCAACGGCUAAUGAUCAACAUGCGCGCACGAUAACAUCGGGUACCACCCUGACGGCGCACGGUAGUCAACCUUCCCUGUGAAUACUAAUCGUUCUCCAGAGGAUGCGCUCUGCUCACCCCUCCUUAACCUCCCCGCCAGUUUCAUCUUUUCUCUAUUCCUUUUUUUCCAUUUAGUGUCAGUUCGUUAUUGACCGUUAUAAAAACAUAACUUUUUACCUAGAAAAUUCCGGAGGGAUUCCAAUGGCUAAGAGAUCAAGAUUGCAUUGAGAAAUUUAGCUCUCAAGUAGUGUAUCUGCUAUUUCAUUUAUCUAUUGCGGAAAGAAUGUCGGAAGGAACGAGUAUGGUGAUGGAAUCUUCAGAAAAUGGCACUGAUUUAUCUCAAGAUGAUACUGGAACCAUAGUGGAAAUGCCUGAAGACACGAUAUUGUCUCAACAAACUUCUGUGAAUCUUGUUCCAUUCAUUGACCAAAGAUUCGUAUCACAGGAUGCUGCUUACGAAUUUUAUUGCAGUUUUGCCAAACAAUGUGGUUUCUCAAUCAGACGCCAUCGAACUCGAGGGAAAGAUGGGGUUGGUCGAGGAGUCACAAGAAGGGAUUUUACUUGCCAUCGAGGUGGAUAUCCACAGAUGAAGCUGUCCGAAGAUGGGAAGACGCAAAGGAAUCGCAAAUCAUCUCGUUGCGGUUGUCUAGCAUCUAUGCGCAUUGUCAAGCGGGCAGAUUUUGAUGUCCCUGAAUGGCGUGUUACUGGCUUUAGCAAUGUCCACAACCAUGAACUCUUAAAAGCAAAUGAAGUGCGUCUUCUUCCUGCCUACUGCACCAUUACUCCAGAUGACAAAGCACGGAUUUGCAUGUUUGCAAAAGCUGGAAUGUCAGUGAGACAAAUGUUAAGAUUGAUGGAGCUAGAGAAAGGAGUUAAGUUAGGUUGUUUACCAUUUACAGAAAUUGAUGUGAGAAACCUGCUACAGUCUUUCAGAAAUGUCAAUCGCGAUUAUGAUGCUAUUGAUCUUAUUGCAAUGUGCAAGAAAUUGAAAGAUGAAAAUCCUCACUUUCAAUAUGAUUUCAAAUUAGAUGGUCAUAACAGGUUGGAGCAUAUUGCAUGGUCUUACGCUUCAUCUGUUCAGCUAUACGAGACAUUUGGAGAUGCUGUGGUUUUUGAUACGACCCACCGUAUGGAUUCUUAUGACAUGCUGUUAGGUAUUUGGGUUGGAGUAGACAAUUAUGGAAUGACCUCCUUUUUCGGUUGUGUGCUUUUACGGGAUGAAAAUAUGCAAUCUUUUUCCUGGGCAUUGAAGACAUUUCUGGGCUUCAUGAAAGGAAAGGCUCCACAAACCCUACUAACUGACCAAAAUAUGUGGCUGAAAGAGGCUAUUGCUAUUGAGAUGCCUGAAACCAAGCAUGCCUUUUGCAUCUGGCACAUAAUCUCAAAGUUCUCAGAUUGGUUCUCUUUUCUGCUUGGAUCACGAUAUGAUGAUUGGAAAUCUGAUUUUUAUCAGCUUUAUACUCUGGAAUUAGUAGAAGAUUUUGAAGAAGAAUGGAGGGACAUGGUUGAUAAAAAUGGACUCCAUGAAAAUAAGCACAUUAUCAGCUUAUAUGCAUUGCGGACUUUUUGGGCUUUGCCAUUCUUGAGGCCUUAUUUCUUUGCAGGUUUGACGAGUUCAUGUCAAUCAGAGACUAUUAAUGCUUUCAUCCAACGGAUUUUGAGUGCACAGUCCCAACAAGAUCGUUUUGUAGAGCAAGUGGCUGAGAUUGUUGAAUUUAAUGACCGGGCUGGUUCUAAGCAAAAGAUGCAAAGGAAACUGCAGAAAGUCUGCCUCAAAACAGGUUCACCAAUUGAAUCUCAUGCAGCUACUGUUCUUACGCCCUAUGCCUUUGGUAAGCUCCAAGAAGAGCUUUUAUUGGCUCCGCAAUAUGCAUCCUUUCUGGUAGAUGAAGGUUGCUUCCAUGUCAAACACCAUUCCCAGAUGGAUGGAGGGUGCAAAGUGCUUUGGGUGCCAUGUGAGGAGCACAUUAGUUGUAGUUGCCAUCACUUUGAGUUUUCAGGCAUCCUUUGCAGACAUGUUCUUCGUGUUCUAUCAAGCAAUAACUGCUUCCAUAUUCCAGAACAGUAUCUUCCCAACCGUUGGCGUAUUAAUAGUUCAUCCUCCACAAACCUGCUAAGGAAUGCAACACGAGAGCAUUCUGAAAAGAUUCAGUUGUUAGAGUCCAUGGCUUCAACACUUAUAGCAGAAUCAAUUGAAACAGAGGAACGCCUUGAUGUUGCUUGUGAUCAAACUGCCAUGGUUUUAUCCCGCAUCAAGGACCUUCCUAGGCCAACACACAGUGCAAAUGACAUUGUCUACAAUUGUCCCUCCGACUUGAUUCUACCAGAGGUAGAAGAUACUGAUGGAAUUGUUCAGAGCUUCACCAUCGGGACUUCUCAUGAAUCUCUCACCUCAGGAAAGAUGAAGGACAGAAGGUCAAGAGAUGGGAUUGACAUUGCUCGAAAGCGGAGACAUUUUUCUGGGUCUUGCUGUGGGCAGUUCGGACAUGAUUCAUCAGACUGUCCAAUGCUGGGAGGGGACAAUUUGAAUGGAGAUGCACUAGGAUACUUGUAGACUAAGCUUAUUAGACGCCAAUAGUAGGUUUACAAAGAAAAUGGCUGUUGCCCUUCAUUCUCCUUCCAAAUUCAGCCAUGCGAAAGGAAUUUUUGAAUUCCUUUCUUGAGUAAAGAUCUUAUUGUCCGAUUCCCAUAAUCAACGAUUCGCAAUCUAUAUAAUUUUUUCAGUUUUUUAA